AUGCCCUCCGAAUUCGCACACAUAGUGGGGUCUGUAGGCCUUGAUGCUCAUUUACUUACCGGGACCUUACCAGGCAAAGCCGGGCUUGAUGAACAUCCCGAUGGCCAUAUUUCUCAGCAUUGUCAGCCAACGUCAUGUCCAGUUGCACCACGAGUCGUCGUUGAUAAUUUCUCGCGGGCUUGGAAAGUGGGGCUUGAGUCAUGUUAUUGGUUGAGACAUACAGGCUAG